AUGGCUCCGCCACCUGCGGUGCCGGAAGCGGACCACCAGUACGACGACGACGGCAUCCCGGAAGGGACCGGGGUAGACCUGAGAGUGGCGGUACGUAGGCUUAAGGCCAGGAAUACCGCCCCAGGACCCGAUGGCUUGCCUGGCAAAGCCUGGGUCCUGGCCUCGGAGGCUCUCGGGCCCCGACUGGAGGGGCUCCUAAGCGCAUGCUUGGAGAGAGGCCAAUUUCCGCUUCGUUGGAAGACGGGGAAGCUGGUCCUCAUUCAGAAGCCGGGGCGCCCUGCGGACUCUCCGUCCGCAUACCGGCCCGUGGUGCUGCUCGACGAGGUGGGCAAGCUCUUUGAAAGAGUCAUUGCAAACCGCCUCGCCGAGCACCUUGCGGGGACGGGGCCGGAUCUUGCGGAACACCAGUUUGGUUUCCGCAAGAGGCGCUCUACGGUGGACGCCAUCAUGCGCGUGAGAGCCCUCACGACGGGGGAUGCAGUGGCCAGGGGGGGGGAGUUGUUUUGGCGGUGUCUCUCGACAUCGCCAACGCCUUCAACUCCAUGCCCUGGAGCUGCAUUAGGGAGGCACUCCGGUAUCACCGGGUGCCGACCUAUCUCCGUCGUAUAG